AUGGUCAAACUAGUGCAUGCGGUACUUCUAAGUGCCGCAACUGCCUCAUUUGCCAAAGCUGCUGGUCCGUACGAGUACAAGACCGUCGAUGUCGACUACGGGAUGGACGAGGAUGACGAUAUGCCACGUAGUGUCAUCAUGAUGAUCCCGGACGGCACGGGACCCAAUGUCUUCACCCUUGCACGCACGGUGCUCGACCCGACGCUGAAGACCCGACUCCACGUCGAUCCGCACCUCAUGGGAACGAUCCAGACGCACUCGUCCACGAGUUACAUCACUGACUCGGCAGCUGCUGCUACUGCUUACUCGACGGGUUACAAGACGUUCGACGCGGCCGUUGCAGUGGACACUUACAACCAGUCAAUCGGGACUGUAUUAGAGGCAGCAAAAGCCCGGGGGAUGGUGACUGGCAUGAUCGUAACGUGUCGCGUCACUCAUGCGACACCGGCCUCAUUUGCUGCUCACAUUUACGAGCGAGACCUGGAAGACGAGAUUGCUGCACAGUACGUUGCAAACAAGAACCUCGACUUCUUGUUGGGUGGUGGCAGGAAGCAUUUCAACGCGUCCAUGCUGGAAGACCUCAAGUCGAAUGGCUACACGGUGGCAAGCAACUACCAGGACUUGGUGGACUACCAGUCUGCUCAUGCCGACACAGGCGCUCUUCGCUUGUUCGGUCUCUUUAAAGAGGGCCACAUGUCGUAUGAGGUUGAUCGGCUACGUAUGAAGGCUGCGAACAACUCGACCGCUCGGGAACCGAGUCUUUCCGAGAUGGUGGAGAUCGUGCUUGGUCUACUGCGCAACAAUGAGCAGGUGAAAAAGCAUGGCUACUUUAUGAUGAUCGAAGGUUCGCGUGUUGACCAUGCAUGCCACUCGAACGAUCCAGGCACAGCAGCAAAGGAGGCAAUUGCAUUUGAUGAGUCGGUCGCUGUGGUACUGGAACACCUAGAGCAGAGCCCGAACACUGGGAUGCUGUCUGCUGCUGACCACGGUACUGGUGGUCUCACCCUUGGACGUGGCCCCGCUGUCCCCUACGCGUGGUACCCGACGAUGUUGCAGCGGCAAAUCAUGUCGACUGAAGCCAUGCAGGAACAUUUGGAUGUGAUCCUGGCAAGUACCGGAUGCGCUCCUGGUGCAAACGAGACGUGCAAGGCCCUUCUACUGGACUCUUCGAAGCAAAUGCUGGCACAGUUUACGAACGUAACGUUUGUCACGGACGAAGACGUGGCUACUCUCGUAAAGGAGAUCGCUGCAGCUGUUGAUGACACGCGUGACUUGAGUGUUGUUUUGGUCGAGUUGGGAGCUCUCAUCAGUUUACCUGCAUUGGUCGGCUGGACUACCAUUGGCCACGUGGGCACGGAUGUGAAUCUGUACUGCAAAGGUCCGCAGAUCUUCGAGCGCAUGUGCAAGGGCUCCCACGAGAACGUCUACCUGAACAAAAUGAUGACGACGUUUUUGGGACUGGAGCACCAGCAAGAGCUAGAGACGAUGAAGCUCCGCAAUAUGACGGUGCUAGAGGCGCCAAUUGCGUUCACGCCUUAA